UAAAAAUCAAAAAUCAUUUACUUUUGAGGGUUGAUUAUCUUAACAGAUUUAACAUAUUUCUUACAAAGCAUGUGGGGUUUUCGAACACUUUUAUUGAAUCAAAUUUACGAAGAAUCGCAGUUUUUCCCAAAGAGGUUCCGCCACCAGAUCAAGAUGAAAAGAUUUCUUUUUUAUUACGAACGAAACGUAUUCCUGAGAUUGAAGAAGAAGAGGAAACUAUAAAACAUAAUGUUUCUAUCGAUGAAGAUUUAUAUCAGGAUGAAAAAGACGCUAUUGUUGAUAUGAAUGACGAAACAAAAUGGGAUAAAUUAUUAAAUGAAUGGAUGUCACGGUACAAUGAACAUGCAAAGGUUGCAUUGGCUGCGUCAGAAUUUUCCGAGAACGUAAUUGGAGAAAUCAAUGUAAAAUCAAGAAUAGAAGACAAUGAAACCGAUUCUAAUUUAACUACCGAAGAAACUGGAUCUCAGGGUGAUCUUACUUUGGAGAAGCUAGUGCUCCACAAAAGAUCCGGUCCAUCCGCCCGCCCGCCCGGAUCCGUGAGCGGACCGGGUUCGGACCCUUAUUGA